AUGGAGGUAUUUGCAAGGAACAAGCCUAUGGAUGAAAUGUUCAAUGGAGAUCUAUCCUUGAAGAGUUGGGUGGAGUCAUUAGCCGAUUCGAUGAAAGAGGUUGUGGAUGCCACUCUAUUGAGGAGAGAGGAUGAAGACUUUGCCACAAAGCUGAGUUGUUUGUCCUCCAUUAUGGCUUUAGCUUUGACAUGUACAACCGAUUCACUUGAGGAGAGGAUUGACAUGAAAGAUGUGCACCGUGAUAACCCACUCUUCACUGCACCAGGCUUGACCCGAGGUAAGUGCAAGGAGCUUCAACAGCUGAAUUUAUUCAAUAAUAAACUGGUUGGAAGCAUUCCAGAAGCCAUUUGUAAUUUACCAAAACUUGAAGAGCUAUAUCUUGGCAAUAAUCAGUUAAUUGGUGAAAUUCCAAAGAAGAUGAGUCAUCUUUGUAAUCUGAAGAUAUUGUCAUUGCGAAUGAACAACUUAACAGGUUCCAUACCAGCCACCAUUUUCAACAUAUCUUCUUUACUCAACAUUAGUCUGUCCUACAAUAGCCUCUCUGGGAGUCUUCCCAUGAAUAUAUGCAACACCAAUCCAAAGCUCAAGGAGCUUAAUCUUUCAUCAAAUCAUUUGAGUGGACAGAUCCCUAAUGGUUUAGGCCAAUGUAUAAAACUUCAAGUAAUUUCCUUAUCAUAUAAUGAAUUCACGGGAAGCAUACCAAGAGGAAUUGGUGAAUUGGUGGAGCUUCGGAGAUUGUCUCUCCAGAAUAACAGUUUGACAGGAGAAAUGCCUCAUUCUCUGUUCAACAUUUCUAGCCUGAAGUUUCUGAAUCUGGAAGUAAAUAACCUAAAAGGUGAAAUCCCCUCUACUUUGUCACAUUGUCAAGAGCUCCAAAAGCUAUCAUUAUCAUUCAAUCAAUUCACUGGACGCAUUCCAGAUGCCAUAGGGAGUUUAUCUAAUCUGGAAGGAUUAUAUCUUGGUUAUAACAAAUUGGCAGGUGGAAUUCCUAAGGAGAUGGGGAAUCUUCUUAAUUUAAAUAUUUUGAGCCUAACUUCUAGUGGACUAAGUGGUCCUAUUCCUACCAAAAUUUUCAAUAUCUCUUCAUUGCAAGAGAUUUAUUUAAGUAAUAAUAGUUUUUCUGGGAGUCUUCCAAUGGAUAUCUGCGAACAUCUUCCUAAUCUCAAAGGGCUUUAUCUUGCUAUCAAUCAGCUCAGUGGUCAACUUCCUGCAACUAUAUCCUUAUGCAGGCAACUUCUGUCACUGUCCCUAUUUUACAACAAAUUCACAGGUACCAUUCCACCUUCAUUUGGUAAUUUAACUGCCUUACAGGAUCUUCAAUUGGGGGAAAACAAUAUUCAAGGUAAUAUCCCCAAGGAGUUGGGGAGUCUCAUCAACUUAAAAUUCUUGAAUCUUGGCCCAAGCAAUCUAACGGGGAUAGUACCAGAAGCUAUUUUUAACGUCUCUAAGCUGCAGUCCCUUUCGCUGGUACUAAAUCACCUUUCAGGCAGUCUCCCAUCAAGUAUUGGCACUUGGCUCCCGGAUCUUGAAGGGCUUUAUAUAGGUGGCAAUCAAUUUAGUGGAAUAAUUCCAUUGUCUAUUUUAAACAUGUCAAAGCUAACAGUCCUAGACAUCAGCGUUAACUUCUUCACUGGAUAUGUGCCAAAAGAUCUAGGUAACUUGAGACGACUCCAAUACCUCUCCCUUUCACGAAACCAGUUGAGUAAUGAACACUCUGACUCUGAGCUUGCCUUUCUUACAUCAUUAACGAAUUGCAACUCUUUGAGAAAUUUGUGGAUCAGUGCUAAUCCUUUAAAAGGCAUUAUUCCAAAUUCAUUAGGGAAUCUCUCCAUUUCUCUUGAAAGUAUUGUCGCGAGUGGCUGCCAACUCAGAGGCACCAUCCCUACAGGGAUUAGUAAUCUAACCAACUUGAUCGAUUUGAGACUUGAUGAUAAUAACUUGACAGGGUUGAUUCCAACAUCAUCUGGACGGCUACAGAAGCUCCAGGUGUUGUAUUUUUCUCAAAACCAAAUACACGGGCCCAUUCCUAGUGGUCUAUGCCAUUUGGCAAACUUGGGAUUCUUGGAUUUGAGUUCCAAUAAACUUUCCGGAACAAUCCCUGGCUGCUUUGGGAAUCUUACUUUACUACGAGGCAUCAAUCUUCACUCCAAUGGACUAGCUUCUGAAGUACCUUCAUCUCUGUGGACCCUUAGAGAUCUCUUGGUUCUUAACUUGUCUUCAAACUUCCUCAACAGCCAAUUGCCUCUAGAAGUUGGAAACAUGAAGUCUUUAGUGGUAUUGGACCUGUCAAAGAACCAAUUUUCAGGAAACAUCCCAAGCACCAUAUCACUUCUUCAAAAACUGGUCCAACUUCACUUAUCCCAUAACAAGCUGCAGGGUCAUAUGCCCCCCAAUUUUGGUGAUUUGGUGAGCUUGGAAUACUUGGAUCUGUCUGGGAACAAUUUAUCUGGUUCUAUUCCCAUGUCAUUAGAGGCUCUGAAAUAUCUCAAAUACUUAAAUGUUUCUUUCAACAAACUACAACGAGAGAUUCCAAACGGAGGACCCUUUGCAAACUUCACUGCUGAAUCUUUCAUCUCCAACCUAGCACUUUGUGGAGCACCUCGGUUUCAAGUCAUGGCAUGUGAGAAAGAUCCUAGAAGGCACACAAAAUCACUCCUCUUGAAAUGUAUUGUUCCACUGGCUGUAUCAUUAUCAAUAAUAAUAGUAGUGGUUCUCUUUGUUCUACGGAAGCAAAGACAGACUAAAUCAGAAGCACUGCAGGUUCAAGUUGAUUUGACAUUGCUUCCCAGAAUGCGUCCAAUGAUUUCACAUCAAGAACUCCUUUAUGCAACCAACUAUUUUGAUGAAGAGAAUUUGAUUGGGAAAGGAAGCUUAGGAAUGGUAUAUAAAGGGGUGUUAUCCGAUGGGUUGAUUGUUGCUGUAAAGGUUUUCAAUGUGGAAUUGCAAGGAGGUUUCAAGAGUUUUGAGGUAGAAUAUUAUGAAGUAAUGCAGAAUAUUCGGCAUAGAAAUCUUGCCAAGAUAACCAGUAGUUGCUACAACUUGGACUUCAAAGCCUUGGUGCUUGAGCAUAUGCCUAAUGGGAGCUUAGAGAAGUGGUUGUACUAUCACAACUACUUCUUGGAUUUUGUCCAACGAUUAAAAAUUAUGAUAGAUGUGGCAUCAGGGCUAGAGUAUCUCCAUCAUGAUUAUUCAAAUCCUGUGGUUCACUGUGACUUGAAGCCUAGCAAUGUCUUGUUAGAUGAUGACAUGGUUGCACACAUUAGUGAUUUUGGCAUUGCGAAACUGUUGAUGGGAAAUGAGUUUAUGAAGCGAACCAAAACCUUGGGCACCAUAGGCUAUAUGGCACCAGAGUCUAGCUCAGAGGGAAUAGUAUCCACAAAAGGUGAUAUAUAUAGUUAUGGGAUUAUGCUGAUGGAAACUUUUGUGAGGAAAAAGCCUACAGAUGAAAUGUUCAUGGAGGAACUAACCUUGAAGAGUUGGGUGGAGUCAUCAACCAACAACAUAAUGGAGGUUAUAGAUGUAAAUCUUCUAAUAGAAGAAGAUGAAAAUUUUGCCUUAAAACAAGCUUGUUUUUCUUCCAUCAGGACAUUAGCUUUGGAUUGUACAACUGAGCCUCCUCGGAAGAGGAUUAAUAUGAAAGAUGUGGUGGUUAGACUCAAGAAGAUCCUCAAUCAAAUUACUGAUGUAAGGACUCCACAAUUAAGAGAAAGAAGGCAUGAAGAUCAGGUCUCUUUCUUCCUCCCUGAGCUUGUUUAA